AUGGGGACAAGCUUCAGAGUCCUUAUGCCCUCUCUAAUGACAUUGGAGAGCUGCGACCAGUCAACCAUCAAAGGAAAGAGGCUUAAGGGGACUGGUGGUACGGAGUGGAGGACAACCGUAGAAGCAGCCGGUGUACGAUCAAAAGUUCCCGGGCUGCACAGAAACCGGCAGCCUUGCGGGGAGGAAGUGGCGGGCGGUGGAGCAGGAGGAGACAGGAACGGAGCGGCAGGAGGCAGAGGGCGGAGAUGGGGGCGGGGAUGGAAGAGGCAGAGUGAAGAUGGAGAGGAAGGAAGCAGUGGGUGGACACAGAGGAGAUGGGGGCGGAGAUCGAAGAGACGUGUGAAGACGGAGGAGGCGGGGGGCCGAAGACUGCAACAGAGGAGGCAAGAACAGAGACUGGUCCGCGAUGGAGGAGGUGGGAAGCGUCGCCCAGGCUCCAGUCGGGGGAAGAAGCUGAGACGAUUUGGCGCCGAGGCAGUGGAGAAGGCUGGGUUUCCUGUGCCAGGUCUGAUGUCAUCAUGUACAAUGCAGGACCAGCAGUUCUGCACUGUAAAUAAGGAUGUGGAGGGCCCAUCCAUAACCCAGAGUGUCAGAAAGAAGAGAAGAGAAAAGCAGAACAAUCCCUUUGAUGCCAAGGUGCAUGUUUGGAAGAAACUACCCCGUCAUGCCUUCAACUUGACUCCACAUCGCGAUCCACUGUGCAUUCCUCUGCUGAAACUUGGGGAGCAGCAGGUUGCAUUGCAAGCUUGUGGGGACCCAGAGAUGACAUCCACUCCGACCAAUGUGACAGCUGAAGGAGGGGUGGGCAUUUUUGCUCCUCUUGGGGAAGGAUUGCUCUGGCCAAAGAACGUCACCCAGGCUAAUGUGAGCGCCCCGGUCUCUCACCGCUUCGUCCAGCCUCCCAGGCGCAUAGCACUGUGGUCUCUGGCUUAUGGCUCCAUGGUGGCCGUGGCUGUACCCCGUCAUGCCUUCAACUUGACUCCACAUCGCGAUCCACUGUGCAUUCCUCUGCUGAAACUUGGGGAGCAGCAGGUUGCAUUGCAAGCUUGUGGGGACCCAGAGAUGACAUCCACUCCGACCAAUGUGACAGCUGAAGGAGGGGUGGGCAUUUUUGCUCCUCUUGGGGAAGGAUUGCUCUGGCCACAGAACAUCACCCGGGCUAAUGUGAGCGCCCCGGUCUCUCACCGCUUCGUGCAGCCUCCCUGGCGCAUAGCGCUGUGGUCUCUGGCUUAUGGCUCCAUGGUGGCCGUGGCUGUGUUGGGGAAUAUCAUAGUCAUGUGGAUCAUACUGGCUCACAAAAGGAUGAGGACAGUCACCAACUACUUUCUGGUCAGCCUGGCUUUUUCCGAUGCUUCCAUGGCAGCUUUCAACACCCUGGUGAAUUUCAUCUAUGCCCUGCACAAUGAAUGGUACUUCGGGGAGGCUUACUGUAGAUUCCAUAACUUCUUUCCUAUCACAGUCAUUGUGCAGGCACUUUAUAGAAUGACUAUCAUCUAUGUUGAAAGAUACAUGGCUAUAAUUAAUCCAUUAAAACCGCGCCUGUCUGCAACCUCAACAAAGGUAGUCAUUGGAAGCAUUUGGGUCUUCGCAUUCCUGCUGGCUUUUCCUCAGUGCCUUUAUUCUGAAAUCAAAGUGACGCCAAGAAGAACUCUUUGUCUGCUUGUAUGGCCAGGAUAUGGGAAAAAAUUAACGUAUCAAAUAAUUGUGGUCUUGUUUGUAUACUGCUUCCCAUUGCUUGUCAUGGGAAUAACAUAUACAAUUGUUGGAAUUACUCUAUGGGGUGGAGAAAUACCUGGAGAUACAUCUGACAAAUAUCAUGAACAGCUCAGGGCUAAAAGAAAGGUGGUGAAAAUGAUGAUUGUGGUUGUCGUAACAUUUGCAUUUUGUUGGCUUCCCUACCAUAUAUUUUUUAUUGUUACUGCCCUUGACAUAAAAGUGGAAAGAUGGAAAUACAUCCAACAAAUAUACUUGGCAAUUUUUUGGCUGGCAAUGAGCUCCACUAUGUACAACCCUAUAAUUUAUUGCUGUCUAAAUAAAAGGUUCCGUGCUGGCUUUAAAAGAGCAUUCAGAUGGUGUCCAUUUAUCGAAGUAUCCAGCUAUGAUGAACUAGAGCUUAAGUCUACCAGAUUCCACCCAACAAGGCAGAGCAGUCUGUACACAGUUUCCAGAAUGGAAUCAAGCAUGACAGUGGUGUUUGACCCAAAUGAUGGUGAAACCUCCAAGUCUGUUCAUAGUCACAAAAAAAGAGUUCCAUCCAGCGAAUCAACGUUAAAUGGAUGCUCCCGUAAAAACUCCACAGAUGCCUCUACAAAUUCAGUUUUCAUCAGCUCACAUUGUACAUCCAUAGAUUGUUAUUCAUGAAUUAUACAUCAAAUUCUAUUAACUACAUCAUAAAACAUUGUAAAACGUAAUUGUUUCAGCAUAUUAUAA